GGGCCAUGAAAGAAGCAUCUCUGAAGAAAUUUUGUAGAGCACAAAAGCUGCCACAGGGCUGGGUAAAAGGCCAAACAAGAGGAACCCUCCCACAUAAAGUCAUGAAACUGUGACCACACCAAGAGCCAGGAAAGUGCUGGGGGUGAGGGUUGAACAAAGCACUCAUGCAAACACCAGGGGAUUUAUGGAGUGCAACAACUAUUCCUAAGUUUAAUUAAACUAUGAUGCCAGAAAAUUCCCACCCAGAAGAAUACAGGAUUGCAUCACUGGUCUUCUACAGCUUUGUGUUCACAGUGGGAUUGCUGGUGAAUGCCACUGCACUAUGGGUGUUCAGCUGCACUACCAAGAAGAGAACGACUAUAACUGUAUAUAUGAUGAAUGUCGCAUUACUUGACCUGGUUUUUAUAUUUUCCUUGCCUUUUCGGAUAAUCUAUCAUGGGACAGAGAAGUGGCCUUUUGGAGAUACAUUCUGCCGGAUCCUCGGGGCUUUCACUGUGUUUUAUCCAGCCAUUGCUCUGUGGCUGCUGACUUUUAUCAGCGUAGACAGGUUUAUGGCUAUUGUUCAGCCCAAACAUGUCAAAGAACUAAAAAAUACAAAAAAAGCUGUGCUGGCUUGCACUGGAAUCUGGAUAAUGACCCUCUCAACAACAUCCCCAUUGGUGUUUUUACGAUCUGAUCCAGACCAAGCCUCAAAUUUCACUACCUGCAUGAAAAUGCUUGAUAUCAUCCAUUUAAAGGAAGUAAAUACAUUGAAUUUUUGUCGCUUGAUUUUUUUCUUUUUGAUCCCCUUGUUUAUCAUGAUAGGGUGUUACCUGGUCAUUAUUUACAAUUUUAUUCACGGCAAGACUUCCAAACUGAAGCCUAAGGCCAAGGAGAGAUCCAUAAGAAUUAUAGUUACUCUGAUUGCUCAGGUACUCAUCUGCUUUGUACCCUUCCACAUCUGUUUUGCCUUCCUGAUGCUGCAAGAUGAAAACACAAGUUACAAUCCCUGGGCAGCCUUUACCACCUUUCUCAUGAAUCUCAGUACAUGCUUGGAUGUUAUACUGUACUACAUUGUUUCCAAACAAUUCCAGGCAAGAGUCAUCAGCGUAAUCCUUUAUCGCAAUUACCUCCGAAGCAUGCGCAGGAAAAGUUUUCAAACUGGAAGUGUGAGAUCACUCAAUAAUAUGAACAGUGAAAUGAUAUAA